AAUAAUAAUAAUUAUAAUAAUAAUAACGAUAACAAUAACAAAAACAAUAACAAGAACAAUAACAAUAACAAUAACAAUAAUAAUAAUAAUAAUAAUAAUAAUAAUAAUAACAAUAACAAUAACAAUAAUAAUAAUAAUAAUAAUAACAAUAAUAAUAACAAUAAUAAUAACAAUAACAAUAACAAUAACAAUAACAAUAACAACAACAAUAACAAUAUCAAUAACAAUAGUAAUAAUAAUAAUAACAAUAACAAUAAUAAUAAAAAUAAUAACAAUAACAAUAAUAAUAACAAUAAUAAUAACAAUAACAAUAACAAUAACAAUAAUAAUAUCAAUAACAAUAAUAAUAACUAUGACAAUAACAAUAAUAAUAAUAAUAAUGACAAUAACAAUAACAAUAACAAUAACAAUAACAAUAACAAUAACAAUAACAAUAACAAUAACAAUAACAAUAACAAUAACAAUAACAAUAACAAUAUCAAUACCAAUAAGUAUAAUAAUAUUAAUAAUAAUAAGAACAAUAACAAUAACAAUAACAAUAACAAUAACAAUAACGAUAACCAUAACAAUAACUAUAACAAUAAUAAUAAUAAUAAUAAUAAUAAUAAUAAUAAUAAUAAUAAUAAUAAUAAUAAUAACAAUAAUAAUAAUAAUAAUAAUAACAAUAAUAAUAAUAAUAACAAUAACAAUAAUAAUAAUAAUUAUAAUAAUAAUAACAAUAAUAAUAAAAAUAAUAAUAAUAAUAACAAUAACAAUAAUAAUAAUAAUUAUAAUAAUAAUAACGAUAACAAUAACAAAAACAAUAACAAUAACAAUAACAAUAACAAUAACAAUAAUAAUAAUAAUAAUAAUAAUAAUAACAAUAACAAUAACAAUAACAUUAACAAUAACAAUAACAAUAACAAUAACAAUAACAAUAACAAUAACAAUAACAAUAACAAUUAUAAUAAUAAUAAUAGUAAUAAUAACAAUAAUAUUAAUAAUAAUAAUAAUAAUAAAAACAAUGUCAAUACCAAUGAUAAUAAUAAUAACAAUAACAAUAACAAUAACAAUAACAAUAACAAUAAUAAUAAUAAUAACAAUAACAAUAACAAUAACGAUAACAAUAACAAUAACGAUAACAAUAACAAUAACAAUAACAAUAACAAUAACAAUAACAAUAACAAUAACAAUAACAAUAACAAAAACAAUAAUAAUAAUAAUAAUAAUAAUAAUAACAAUAAUAAUAAUAAUAACAAUAAUAAUAAUAAUAAUAAUAAUAAUAAUAAUAAUAAUAAUAAUAAUAUCAGUAAUAACAAUAAUAACAAUAAUAAUAAUAAUAACAAUGACAAUAAGGAUAACAAUAACAAUAAUAACAUUAGUAAUAACAAUAAUAACAUUAAUAAUAAUAAUAAUAACAAUAACAAUAACAAUAACUAUAACAAUAACAAUAACAACAAUAAUAAUAAUAAUAAUAAUAAUAAUAAUAACAACAAUAACAAUAAU